AUGACAUCAAACGAGGUGGAAAAUGAAACGGAAACGGUGGUCAAAAAGGAGAAUUUGCCCUAUGGAGUCGAGUACGCGAAAACUGGAAGAAGUUCGUGCAAGAAAUGCAAGGAAAUCAUACCACAGGGCCACACUCGAAUGGCCAUCCGUCAGCCAAGCCAAUUCUUCGAUGGUCUACAAGAUAAUUGGCAUCACUACGCGUGCUUCUGGCGAGCCAUCAAAUCGAAUCCGAUCAACGAGCGCUCAAUUCGCGGAGUGGAUUGGCUUAAAUGGGAGGAUCAACAGAAGAUUCGUGAGUCGAUCAAGAAACACAUGGAGACGGUGGAUGGAGGAAGCUCAUCGGGACAAACGACGACAGCAAGUAACAGUCUCGUGCAACUCGCACAGGCAAAAGUCGAGUAUUCGAAGACAAACAGGGGCAAAUGUGUUGCUUGCCAAGGAUCGAUUGAGCAAGGAGUGAUGAAGUAUGGAUGGAAGAGCAAGUUCUACCAUUUCGAAUGCUUCUUCGUGGUGACCACGGAAUUUCAGGGGGAAAUCGACGAUUUGCAGGGUUUCCAAAAUAUGACUGAAACCGAUCAAACGAUGCUACGAGACGCUUUUGAAGUGAUUCACCAAUCGACGCAACUUGUUAAGGACGCUGAAUUGGCUGGAGAUUUGCAACAACGCGAAGCAGACGAGAAUGGACCAGCAAAGAAACGAAAGAAAGUGACCAAGACGCCCGAUGACCUGAGAGACGAGAGAUUGCAGAAACAAGCCGACUUGUUGUGGCAGCUGCGAAGCGGCUUCGCGAAGUGGCUCUCUAAAGAUCAAUGGUGCCGCCUCUUGGAAACGAAUGGACUCGAUGUACCGCAAGGAGGGCCGGAUAAGAUUCUCGACCUGCUCACCGAUGCUGCACUAUUUGGGCGACCGCUUCGAUGUGAGAAAUGCUUGCAGGGACAACUCUUUUACAGUACAUCAUCGCAAACAUACCUCUGUACGGGACAUCUGAGCGAGUGGACAAAGUGUACGGUGGCCGCGCGAAAGCCGAAACGAUUGCCGUUUGGAGUGCCAAAAGAUUUGAGUGCCGAGAUUCCGUGGUUGAUCGACGAAGCACCGUUGAAUGAACUCUCUGAGCGUUAUUACAAUGAUAAACAAGAGGAGAUUGUGAGUUCUAAGCGGACUUACCGCAACCGGGCAAGUACAGGUGGUGCAGAUUUGGAGGCAGGAGACAAAAUACGGGGUCGGGCAGACGUUGGCAAGGCGUACAUCAAGAAGGGCACAACGGUGGAUGCGGAAUUUGAAAAGGCGGCCAUCAGUCACGUGUGCAAGGAUGAUGAGGGGAAUCUCUACUCAGCGGCGCUUGUCGAGGCGGAUAUGGCCACAGGGCGAAACAGUUACUACAAGUUACAAUUGUUGAAACACGAUACAGCAAAUAUCUUCUGGGUUUUCCGCUCGUGGGGACGCAUCGGCACAACGCAAGGUGGCAUCAAAACUGAGGAAUUUCGAUCGAUGAAAGCCAGGGUGGCUGGAUUUGAAGCUGUUUUCCUCGAAAAGACCCAAAACGAGUGGCGAGAUCGGAAAUAUUUCCGAAAGAAGGCCGGUGGCAUGAAUUGGAUCGAAACAGACACGAGUGAUGCGGCGAAUGUCGAAGGAAAUGUCAUCCCGGGCAGUAAGACCGAUUUGCCGAAACCGAUCGUCGAAAUUAUGAAGAUGAUUUUCGACGUGAGCACAAUGCAGGCCGCUUUGAAAGAAUAUAAUAUUGACACGGAGAAGAUGCCGCUCGGAAAGUUGUCCAAAUCGCAGAUCACCAAGGCGUACACCGUGUUACAGGAGUUACUUGAGCUCAUCUCCGGCAAGGGCGCGGCGCGAAAAGAUGAAAUCCUUGAUGCGUCGAACCGUUUCUACACCAUCAUCCCGCACAACACUCAACUCAAAAUGUUGGACAAUCCAUCAGUGAUCAAGAAAAAGACGGCCAUGCUAGACUCGUUGCUGGAGAUCAUUGAGGCGUUUGCGAUGGUGAAAAACAAUCCAAAUGAUGAGGAGGAAAACGCGGAACGAGAUCCUGUUGAUGUGAAUUAUGAGAAGCUGAAGACGAAAAUGACGGUACUAGACAAAUCGUCGGCCGAGUACAAACUGUUGGUGGAUUAUGCGAAGAAAACUCAUGGACAAACACAUAAACAAUUGAAAGUCGACAUCAUUGAUAUCAUCAAAAUCGAACGCGAAGGUGAGGAGGCAAAAUUCAAGAAGCAAGUCGGAAAUCGAAUGUUGUUGUGGCACGGAUCGGGUACACCGAAUUACGGAGGAAUUUUGUCGCAAGGACUACGAAUUGCACCACCCGAGGCACCAGUGAGUGGCUACAUGUUCGGCAAAGGUGUUUACUUUGCUGACAUGUUCUCGAAAUCGGCCAACUAUUGUCGAGCGCACAACGGAGAGGGAUUACUUCUGUUAGCCGAUGUGGCAUUAGGGAAGAUCAAAGAAGAGCCAAUGUCGAUCACGCACACGGCCGCCACUAUGACCAAGAAUAAGACAAAUUCGUGCAGGGGUAUUGGUGGAACGAUUCCCGACCCGUCGACUCAUGUGAAUGACGCGAGUGGAUACGUGAUUCCGGUGGGAAAACCCAUCGCUCGAGAAACAACCCGUGAUGGAAAACCACAAAUGCCAUCACUUCUUUACAACGAGUACAUUGUGUACGAUGUCGAUCAGAUUUGCCUGCGCUACCUGGUUCGGGGAGCAUUCCGG